AUGUCGGCGUCUCUCAGCAUUGGAAGCACCACGCCAGCAGGCCGAAAGGAGAGGCGCGUCCUCCCCGAUGAGCUACCCCCUGAGCGAAAGCAGGCUCAUCGCGACCUUCACACACUGCUCUACAGCCUCCCGCUUGACCCACUAGGAAUCGUCGAUGUCGGGAAGGACGGUGUACUCCGCUCAUUGACCCACGAUCGCAAAGUCGUUGCGGCUGUGCCUCUCGAGCCGCGUCUGAUCAAGGCCUAUCUCGACCUGGGCGAGUGGAACGCAGAAGCGGAAGCUCACUUUCGCGGCGUGGACGGCACAAAGGUCCCCCGGCCGCAGUGGGACCAACCAGACUCUGACAUGCUGCCGUCCCCCCUUGAAGGGUCCCCCUUGGACGAAGCCAAGAGACUCCUCGACGAGACCGACAUGAGUCUUGAUGAGUUUGGUCACUACAAGGGUGAACAAGCCCAGACGGACACGCGGGGUUUGUGUCCUAUUGUGGUGAUGUCGGAUCAUAAGAUCCUCCGAGACGACAAAUGA